UGUCUUUCCAGCAACACUUUUUUUAAAAGAUCAAGAAAACCUCAUUUUUUUCUCAUAAAGUCGUGCUUGUAAGUAGAAGGAGGUAGAUAUUUCUUCUACGAUACAACGUUUAAUAGUUAGGUCCACCUGUUUAUUAACUUAAGCCCAUAAAGUUGGCGCUCGUGCAUCAAAGUUCGCAGGUCUUUUUCGUGCUUCUGGGAAGCGUGAAGAAGCCACCUUAAUCCAGGGGUUCAAGGCCAAUUUUAUCUCUAUAGUCAAAUUUGGUUGAAAGGCUUUGGAUAUAUUCCUGUUGCUUGUGUGAUUAAAGGAAGUAGCCAACUUUGGCUUUUUGUUGCUUUCAUUCAUUCAAAGAUCAGUCCCAGCUGAUUUUAUCCUUUUGUUUUAUUUAAUUAUUUAACAUUUUUAUUCAUAUUUAAUUUCGAUAUCCUAAUAAUGGGUUCAUCUACUGAAGAAUAUAAGAAGACCCAGGAUGUUGCUGGUACUAACCAGACAACUAACGACUAUUCUUUGAAUUCUUCCGGAAGCGAUCGUACCCCUCAUUCGUCUUUGUCUACGGAAGAGAUUACUCUUGUUCCUGCAAAUGAAGGAACAAUGUUAAAUCAUGAUGCCACUGGAUUUGGGCCGACCGAUUUCCCUUCAGCGGAUUCCAGAAUAAGUAAUGCGGCUUCUUCAACACCGGUAGCAUCUCCUUCGUUUUCAUUUCAGGACUCUUCUGGAGAUACGACAUCGCUUCCUACAGUUGCAGCGCCAGUAGAAAAUAUAGACCAGUUUACGCAACUGCAAAAUGUUGCUUCUUCUCGGCGUCACCAUCAUACUAAAAAGAAAAGGAAACACUGGAACAAGCACGCUAAGCUUCCGCAUCCGCUUCCUGAUACUGAAACAUGUGCUCAUUGUGGUGAUACAAAGAGACGGCCAUCUGGCAAACGAAAUCGCAAGCGUCAAGGAAGAAAACCUGCUUCUCGUCAUGCUUCCGGCUUGACUGAUUCUGACACAUACCAUCAGGCGUAUCCUCGUCACCAUCGGUAUGGUUCAUCUGGUCAACCCGGUGUACAGGCUUCUUCUGAACACUUGGGGCAGUUCUCUAGUAACGACCACAGUUCUUCCGAAUCUUUGUAUUCGAUUUCCUCCAUGAGUAUUAAGAACGAUUCCAACUCAGAUUCGUUGUCUUCAUCCUCCUCCUCUACCGAUCUGUCUUCAAAUGAUCGCCCACUGUUGCCUGAUGAUGGCUUUCUUCUAAGGCCUAAUGCAGAUGUUCCUUCUUCUGAUUUAUAUCGGAAAUCCAGUGCUACAAAGUCUUGCUCUGCUGCCAUGGAUGAUUCUCAAAACUUGGCAACAGAAUUGAACACGCAAUCUGAUACGAACUUGAUUGAUCAGCCUUCCAGACCUUCCGUGAAUUUUGCCCCCUCUACAUAUUUAUCAAAGGAAAAUGAGUCUGCAUCUGUGAAAUCUGUAGCUACUCAGAAUCGUGAUGCGAAUUCGCAUGUUGAUUCAGAGUUGCCAAGGGAUGUUGAAGAAGAUGUCUGUUUUCCUAUGCAAGAAGAAUCACUUGCUUAUAAUGGUAUAGACUUUGAUGAGCUCGAUAAUUUCGCUUCCGAGGAGUUGCAAAAAAGAAUGGCUGACAUGGUGAAUUGUCGUUCCAGACAGUACAGUGUUAGCAAACCUUUCGAGCCUCAUUGGAAAGAUUUGAGUCCUCAAAGAGAUUCCACGGGAACUUCUUCGGAAGCAUUAAAUGAUGAAAAGUUAGUUAAUAAACCAUUGAAGAGCUACAUAUCUCCAAACAGAGAGUCUAUAGGAUCAAAGGCUCAAAGUCCGCAUCGCUUUAGCUUGUUUUCUUCAGGAGAGAAUGAAACGAUUCAUGCUGCUGCUAUUUCUGAUUUGCUGGAAGACGAGGUCCACAGUUUCCGUUCCUUACUCUGCGCUGAGAAAGGUGUUUGGUGGUUGGAUUGUUUGGAUCCAACCGAUAGUGAAAUGAGAAUGCUUUCGAAAGCGUUCUCAAUUCACCCAUUAACAACCGAGGAUAUCCGUGUUCAAGAAACAAGAGAAAAGGUUGAGUUAUUUAGGUCGUAUUACUUUGUCUGUUUCCGGUCGUUCGAACAAGAUCCCGAGGGAGAAGAUUAUUUGGAGCCACUAAAUAUGUAUAUUAUUGUGUUUCGCGAAGGUCUUUUGACGUUCCACUUCAGUUCCACCACGCAUCCUGCUUCUGUGAGGCGCCGUGCUCGUCAGCUAAGAGAUUACGUUGACGUGAGUUCGGACUGGCUUUGUUAUGCAUUAAUUGAUGACAUUACAGAUGCAUUUGUUCCUUUAAUCCGAGCAAUUGAGACAGAGACAGAAGCCAUUGAAGACUCCGUAUUGGUGGGUCGAUUGGAUGAAAGCUGUGAUAUGCUUCGAAGAAUUGGCGAAUGCCGAAAGAAAACAAUGGGUAUGUUUCGUUUGCUGUAUGGCAAAGCAGAUGUCAUUAAGAUGCUUGCAAAACGGUGUAAUGAAAAAUGGAACAUGGCGCCAACGGGUGAAAUUGGAUUGUACUUGGGUGAUAUCCAGGAUCAUUUAAUUACGAUGACAUCAAAUCUUUCUCAGUUUGAGAAGAUUCUUUCACGGACCCAUAGCAAUUAUUUAGCCCAGUUGACCUCCAAUUCUAUUGAAGAGAACUCCAGAAUGAACGGUGCUUUAGGAAAAAUUACAUUAAUCGGAACGCUCCUGGUUCCGAUGAAUUUGAUUACAGGAUUGUUUGGAAUGAACGUUCCUAUUCCUGGUCAAGCCAGUGAUACUAAUUCUUCGUUGGCUUGGUUCUUUGGAAUCAUUGGUGUCUUAGUCGCUCUGGUAGUGAUUGGCUGGUUUGUGACCCUUCGGUACAAUGCCUUUUAACUUACGUUCCCCAAAUUGAGUAAUGAUACAGUAUAAUCUAUAAACUUUUACGGUGAGAUGUUUGAAAAAAUCCUACAUAAAAAGAGUCAAGAGAAUAUCGGCUUGAUUUAGAAUUUUGUCCGGUCUGUUUUUCGUUUGAAUUAAAUAGCCUUCCUCGAAGGUUUAUAUAUUGUUAGAAAGAAUAUACGGAAGAAGCUAAAUAUAUCGUAUAAUGAGUUGGGUUGAAAAAGUUAGACAUUUACAUAGCAAAGUUGUUUUAGUAUAAUUGUUUGUACGGUAUCGAUGCAAAUAAAUUGAAGCUUUAAGAAGCAAUCUUCAAGGCCAUCAUCAUUGUAAGGACUUAAG